AUGAUUCUGGGGAGAAAAUGGUUUCACUUGAAGCGAUUCCUUUUUCUCCUCAUACACAAGUUGAGAUGCCGGAAGAGAAAGCAGGCCUUUGGGAAAAUCUUCCAACAUGACGCCUACAGAUAUGGUCUUGGCUAUGGUAAAGACAUAGAGGGUACACCACUCAAAUUGGAUGGGGCACAGGAGUUGAAAAGCUGUGAUAAUGCAACUGAUGAGGUCUUCUUUGAAGGCAUGGACAAAGAUGGGAAUGCACUUGUUGUUAGAAUAGGACGAAGAGAGGGAAGAGUUGCAGAAUUAUGGCUGCUGCUUAGCUUGAAAGGCGUUGGAUUUUUUCAGCAUCCUGUCCACCCAGACUCAGUUGUUUUUACUGCUGCUCAUAACUCUUUUCAAGCUGGAGGUCUGUCAGUGGACAUGGUGGAGGCACUCAGAACAUGGAAAAUAUCUUAUAAUGGUUUGCUCAGGAAGAAUCCAAGUCAGGAGCAGUCAAAAAGUGCAGAUGAGUUUGUUCAUGUUAAAUUUUCUUUUUUGUGGAAUGCCCUCUCAGAUACCUUCAGCUUUCCUGAUGAAAUACCAGAUGUUGCACUCUCUGAUGCUGUAGCAAAAGAAAAGUGGUCAGGGAAAUUAUGGGAAAACUUAAAGAAACUAAGUAAUAAUACCUUCUAUGACCAGGCAGGAGAAAUGAGGGGAACAGUCCUGGUGGAAGGAGAAGAACCAAGGAAAUUGAGACUGAAAAGUUUAAGAAGCCGUUUUUCUGGAACAAAAGACUGGAAAUCCAUUCACAGAUAUGUGUCCCAUUAUGGAUACAUUGAGGAUGGGAACUUCUUUAAUGUCAGCCAAUGGUGUCUGCCCAACAGUACAUCCAGUUUAUUACUUGGUUACCAGUUUACCCCUAAUGCACUUUGUGCCCCUGUGACACAGAGCGACCUUUGGCUGCCAUUACUAGGAGAAAACCAGAACCCACCAGAUUUCUGGACAUUGAAUUUCAAAGCUGGAGGUCAGACAUACAAUAUAGAAGUCAAGGCCACCAAGACUGUCAUGUUAUACCAAGGGGAGGACUGGGGAAAUGUGAUUUUUGAGAAACUAGUGGAGUUCACUGUGAAUGGAAAGAAAGGCUGGGGCAUUGCAGAGUAUUGCUAUAGGUGCAAGGAUAUCUCACCACCUACAAGACAGUCACAUGUUCCCACACUAAUAGAACCUAUCUCUGUGCCAGAGUUUGACAACAGGGCCCUGGUGCUGCCUUUCACAAAAGAGGCUUGCAAGAGUUCAGAGCUGGUUGGAGGCAAGGGGUGCCAGCUGGCCAUGCUGUGUACAAUAAAGGAUAAGUUCAUAGUGCCCAGAGGGCUGUGUGUGACUGUCAGAGCUCUACAAAAACAGUUAGAGUCAAGCACAGUUAUUGUGGAUAUGUGGGCAGAGUUGGAAGACAUUUGCAGUGGGAAAAUCAAAGGUAAUAUUCAGGAGUGCUGUAAGAGGCUGGUGGAUUCAUUCACUGCUGCUCCUCUAUGUAUGGAUGUCCAGGGCAGCCUGGUGGAGACCUUGGUCAAAGAGUUUGGAACUCAGCAUGGAGAAAUACUGUUUGCUGUGAGAUCAUCUGCUGUAGGUGAAGACAGUGACGAGAUGUCUGCUGCUGGACAAAUGGAAACAUUUCUAGGAAUAAAAGGAAUUCACAAGGUAUUUGAAGCAGUGAUGAAGUGUUGGGCUUCUCAGUGUACCUACCAAGCAGUGGAAUACAGAAGACAGCAUGGCCAGCCAAUCAAAUCCCUCAUGGGUGUGGUUAUCCAGGAGAUGGUCCAAUCAGAGGCCUCUGGGGUGUUGUUCACCCAGGAUCCACUGACAGCCAAUCCUGGUGUGCUUACCAUCAAUGCAAACUAUGGUCUGGGUGAGUCUGUGGUGUCAGGGAUCGCAGAGCCUGAUACUAUUACUGUCAGCAGAAGUUGGGAUGAUAAAUUGAGCAUUAAAGACAAGACGAUAGGCAGCAAGAAGUCUGUUAUGUCAGUUGCAGGCUCAGGUGGGACUCAGACUACAGAAGUGGAGCUGGCAGCAGCAAAGCAAUGUUGUCUUCCUGAUGAUGUCAUCUUAGAGCUGGCAAGGAUAGGCAUCAUGAUUGAGAAAUAUUUUGGAGAUCCCAGAGACAUAGAAUGGGCUGUUUGCAAUGGGCAGGUUUAUUUGUUACAGGCUCGUCCUAUAACGUCCUUUGGCUUGGAGACAGAAGAGGAGCUAAUGCACGAGUUUGAUGCCCCUUUGUCCUAUGACCAAGAGUGGUGGACCACCUGUAAUAUUGGAGAGAUGAUGCCAGGGGCCCUCACUCCACUCAGUAUGAGCACUUUCCUGCGUGCUAUAGACCUGGGGCUUCAGGUGAUGCCAGUAGCUGCAGGGAUAAAGCCCAGGUUCCAACCACACCUGCAGAAGUUUACUUCUUCAUUUUGUGGAAGACCUUUGAUAAGCCUGCAUAAUUUGGCCAUAAUGUACCAAAACCACAUCCUGGGCAAUGAUAAAAAGGUAUCCGACCUGGCUAUUCUUGGCCGCGUACUAGAAGAUCUAACUUUGCAGGAUCUCAUACAGUAUAAUGGGGAGUCUGGCCUGACUGGCAAAGUUAUCCAUGGUAUCAGAAUGAGAAAAAUUCAGUCAGCCUCAUAUGACUUGAUGAAGCUGUGGGAAGAACGCCUGAAAACUUACGCCUUUCCCGAGUGCAGCACGGCUAGCGACCUCUAUAGGGAAAUAGGCAGGCAAAUGCCGGAUUACAUACAG